AUGGCGGUGCAAUCCAAGCUUCGCCAGGAUUCUGGCUGGCUGACACUCCUCGUCUCUCCCAACUCCAGAGCAAAGCAAGGUUUCGGUCUCGUGGCUCUUCUCCUUCUCUUCUCCCUCCGCAAGCGCCUCGUCCACUUGCUCGACCAGCGCAAUCUGCGCAAACUCGCACGCACCCAUUCAGACUCGGAUGAUCUCGACGUUGCAGACGCUCUCAAGCAAGUAUACUAUCCUAAGCCCGACGGCUCCCGUGACUUGCUCGUCCCAAAUCGCGGCCGAGUCUCCAAGGUGCCCAUCAAGCCUACCACAACCCGCAAGUUCGACGCAGACUAUGCCUUCUUCCGCAAGCUCCCGCCCACCUCGGACGUCGGUGCAGCCAACGCCAAGAACAAAAACUUGAGCCAACAGGACGUCAAGCAAUCCCAAAUUGAAGAUGCAAAGGCCAUGCGCGCAGAGGGCGGGGCCGCUGCUGCCACCGCUAAGAAGGUUGGCGUUAACAAGGAGUUCUUCCGCCAGCUCAAGGCCAUCUUCCGCAUCCUCAUCCCGCGCAGAAACAGCAAGGAGGUCUACAUUUUCAUCCUACACACCUCCUUCCUCGUUCUGAGAACCUAUCUCUCCAUGCUCGUAGCCCGCCUGGACGGUGUUAUCGUACGUGAUCUUGUUUCUGCCAACGGUCGCGGCUUCCUUCGAGGCCUUGGUCUUUGGUUUUUGCUCGCUAUCCCUUCCACCUAUACCAACUCCAUGAUUCGCUUCCUCCAAUCCAAACUCGCCAUUGGCUUCCGCACCCGACUCACAAGAUACGUCCACGACCUCUACCUUAACGAUAAGGCCAAUUUCUACCGCAUUAUCAACCUCGACGGUCGCCUCGAUGCUGCUGAUCAGUACAUCACCACCGACAUUGCCCGCUUCUGCGAGACUCUCGCUGCCCUCUAUUCCAAUGUCUCCAAACCCGUGCUCGACCUCAUCAUCUUCAACUACGCACUCAGCCGCUCUCUCGGUCCUAUGGGCAUCUUUGGUCUCUUCACAAACUAUCUCUUCACCGGCUGGAUUCUGCGACAAGUCACUCCCGCCUUUGGCAAGUUGGCUGCCAUCGAAGCAAAGCUCGAGGGCGACUUCCGCUCCGCUCACAGCCGUCUCAUCACAAACGCAGAAGAGAUCGCCUUCUACAAUGGCGCCUCCAUCGAAGCUGGCAUCCUCAAUCGCGCCUACAUUCGCCUCGUCCGACACAUCAACAGCAUCUUCAAGAUUCGUGUCGCUUUCAACAUGACCGAGGACUUCGUUCUCAAAUACGCCUGGUCCGCCGCAGGAUAUGUGAUCAUCGCUGCUCCUUUCCUCUUUGGUCAACAGAAGCCGCAAUCCGACUCGUCAGAUGCAGCGCUUGCUGCUUCUCCUGCCAAGCCAAAACAACUCGACAGCACUGUUGCAGCAAAGACCGAGUCGUACAUCUCCAACCGUCGUCUCCUCUUGUCGCUCGCCGAUGCCGGAAGUCGUCUCAUGUACAGUUAUAAGGAGCUUGCCGAGUUGGCUGGUUUCACCAGCCGUGUCUACACGCUCAUUUCCACGCUCCACCUGCUCAACAGGGAGCAGUACCAGGCCAUGCCCCGUCCCGUCGAUCUACCCGCAGACAAACCCUUCUACGACCUCGGUCACAUUGAAGGCCAAGUUGCGAUUGGCUCAGAGACGGUUGCAUUUGACAAGGUGCCCAUCGUUGCACCAGCACCAGGCUUGGAGCGCGGAGGCGAAGAGCUGGUCAAGGAUCUCACGCUUCGCGUCAAGCCUGGCGAGCACAUCCUCAUCACCGGUCCCAACGGUGUCGGCAAGACCGCAGUUGCCCGCGUGGUGGCUGGUCUCUGGCCCGUCUUCCAAGGCCGUUUGGAGCGUCCUUCGAUCAACGACAUCAUGUUUCUGCCGCAGCGACCCUACCUUUCCGUGGGAAGCCUUCGCGAACAGGUCAUCUACCCUUACACGUACCCAGAGCACGUUGCAUCGGGCAAGACGGACGAAGACCUGCUCGACAUCCUCAAGGACGUCCACCUGGCCUACUUGCCCACGCGCGAGGGCGGAUGGGAGACGCGCAAGGAAUGGAAGGAUGUGCUUUCAGGAGGUGAAAAGCAGCGAAUGGGCAUGGCUCGUCUGCUCUACCAUCGACCCAAAUUCGGCAUCCUCGACGAAUGCACCAGCGCCGUCUCGACCGACGUUGAAGGUCUGAUGUAUGCCAAGGCCAAGGAGCUCGGCAUCACGCUCAUCACCAUCUCGCAUCGGCCGUCGCUGUUCAAGUAUCACGAGGUGCUCCUGCGUCUCACAGGUGAAGAUGGAGCUUGGGAGACCGAUUUCAUCGGUGCCGAGACGGAACAGUUGACCAUGGAACACGAGAUUGAGGAUCUCGAGAAAAAGAUGGCCGAAGUCGAGGGUUGGAAGACUCGGAUCGGCGAGAUCCAGAAGGAGCUCUCGUUCAGCAAGAACUAA